AUGGCCACCCUCCUCCGCAGCAAGCUGUCCAACGUGGCCACCACGGUGUCGCACAAAUCCCAGGCGAAGAUGAGCGGCAUGUUCGCCAGAAUGGGCUUCCAGGCGGCCACCGACGAGGAGGCGGUGGGCUUCGCCCACUGCGACGACCUGGACAUGGAGCAUCGGCAAGGGCUGCAGAUGGACAUCCUCAAGUCCGAGGGCAGCGAGGAGGGCGGGGAGCCGCCCCUGGAGGGGGACAUCCACUACCAGCGGGACGGCACAGGACCCCUGCCGCCGUCCGCCUCCAAGGAGGCCUGCUCCGAGCUCUCCGGGCAGGGCAAGCCCAAGAUCACGGCAUGGGAGGCGGGAUGGAACGUCACCAACGCCAUCCAGGGGAUGUUUGUUCUGGGCCUGCCCUAUGCCAUCCUUCACGGUGGAUACCUAGGACUCUUUUUAAUAAUUUUCGCUGCAGUGGUUUGCUGCUACACUGGGAAAAUCCUUAUUGCCUGUCUUUACGAGGAGAAUGAGGAUGGGGAGAUAGUCAGGGUGAGAGACUCCUACGUGGACAUCGCGAACGCGUGCUGUGCGCCCCGCUUCCCCACCCUCGGGGGCAGAAUUGUGAACGUGGCUCAGAUCAUUGAACUGGUCAUGACCUGCAUCCUCUAUGUGGUGGUCAGUGGGAACUUGAUGUACAACAGCUUCCCCAACCUGCCCGUCUCCCAGAAGUCGUGGUCCAUCAUUGCCACGGCAGUGCUCCUGCCUUGCGCGUUCUUGAAGAACCUCAAGGCAGUCUCCAAGUUCAGCUUGCUCUGCACAUUAGCCCACUUUGUCAUCAACAUCCUGGUGAUCGCCUACUGCCUCUCCAGGGCGCGCGACUGGGCCUGGGACAAAGUCAAAUUUUAUAUUGAUGUCAAGAAGUUUCCCAUCUCCAUUGGCAUCAUUGUCUUCAGCUACACCUCCCAGAUCUUUCUGCCUUCCUUGGAGGGGAACAUGCAGAACCCCAAGGAGUUUCAUUGCAUGAUGAACUGGACUCACAUAGCAGCUUGCAUCCUUAAGGGACUCUUUGCCUUGGUCGCCUACCUGACCUGGGCUGAUGAGACCAAGGAGGUCAUUACAGACAACUUGCCGUCCACCAUUAGGGCAGUAGUCAACAUUUUCUUGGUGGCCAAAGCCUUGCUCUCGUACCCUUUGCCGUUCUUUGCAGCUGUAGAAGUCCUGGAGAGGUCCCUUUUCCAAGAUGGAAACAGGGCUUUCUUCCCUAACUGUUAUGGGGGUGAUGGGCGGCUCAAAUCCUGGGGACUCACCCUCAGAUGUGCCCUGGUAGUUUUCACCCUGCUCAUGGCUAUUUAUGUCCCCCAUUUUGCCCUCUUGAUGGGUCUUACUGGGAGCCUCACAGGCGCAGGUCUCUGUUUCCUGCUCCCCAGUCUCUUCCACCUCAAACUCUUGUGGAGGAAGCUCUUGUGGCAUCACGUCUUCUUUGAUGUUGCCAUUUUCGUUAUAGGUGGUAUCUGCAGCGUCUCUGGGUUCAUCCACUCUUUAGAAGGCCUCAUAGAGGCUUUCAGAACCAAUGCUGAAGACUAA